GCUGAACGUCGGACCACCUCGGAAAGGAUGAAUGGCUUCAUUUCCAGUCUUCCCUACACAUGAAGAGCCUUUUCCUAAUGACGAAGUGUUGAUUUUUUCGCAAAUCAACGGUUUAUGUGCACAACAAUGUUGCGGUGUCGUAUGGUUUGUGCCAGACUUUCAUUCGUGCACUUGUCAAUUGGCCAUGACGUCUCCAUUCCACAAAGUAGCGCGCAAAAUCUCGCACAAACUGGACGAGUAUGAGGCCGCGGUGGUGGACCGCUACACUGCCGUGGGGGAGAACUUGACACAGACGCGAGUCCGCGUCAAAAGCAGCCUGAACAGUCAAGAAAAGAAGCUGUCGGAGACGUUCGAGCACUGCGAAACCGCAAUAGUCAACAGCUAUACCGCCAUGGGGGAGCAUUUAACACAGACACAAGAGAGACUCAAGGAUAAACUCAACAGUCAAGAGCGGAGAAUCUCCGAGAAGGCAGCGCAACUUCUGUCAAAGCCUGGAGUUCCGAAGAUGCUAAACCCUCUACGUGAUAAGCUCAAUGGAGAGUGUCUGGCCAUCGAAGCAGAGACAGUGGAGUCACAAGGAAGAGUCGACAGUUCGAAUGAGUCUAUUGACCUCAAAAACCCAGGGAAGGAGUCGUUUGAUGACCAUAGCACCGUUACUUCGGAUUCGGAAUGUUCCUAUACGGAAUACCAUCCGGACGAUUACAUCAUUAACAAGGGGCGGAUACCUCGUGAGAAGGUGGUUGUGCAGGAGUUUAUCAGUCGUGGAGCGUUCGGUAAAGUGUAUAAAGGGACGUACAAUGGCCAACUUGUGGCUGUGAAGACGAUGAGUGACGUGGACACGUUCGUCAAGGAGAUCAAGAUGGCGUGUUCCAUGAGCCAUCCGAACAUCGUGCAGUUCAUUGGCGUGGCGUGGAAUUAUCGUGAAGACUUUUGUUGUGUGAUGGAAUACAUGGAUGGAGGGGAUUUACGAGGUCUGAUGGAUAAAUACGAAGAAGAGAACCGUCGGACAGGCUUCGAUGCGGCCAAGGUCACGAUCGCGCUGCACGUCGCUCACGCUCUGGCGUAUUUACACUCUCGAGACAUUCCCGUGAUCCAUCGCGACUUGAAGUCAAAGAAUAUAUUGCUGAACGAAGCGUUGGAGCGAUGA